CUCAGCUCUGCGUGCCGCACACUCCUUCGGCUCUGCAAGAUGUCUCGGCUGGAUGUGACCGAGAGCUUUGCCGGCAUCCGCCUGCCCGGCCACCUCCACACCCAGGAGUCCCUGGAGUUUGCCAGCACCUUCCCGUUCCGCCACUCGGAUGUCCUCCUGGUCACCUUCCCCAAAUCAGGUACCACCUGGAUGCAAGAGAUCUUGACCUUAAUCUACAGCAGUGGAGACCCUCACCCUGCGAAGUCCAUCCCCAACUGGGCCCGGAACCCCUGGCUGGAGCACAUUUACUUCAAAGACGUUCUCCAGGAGAGGGAAGGACCCCGCCUUCUCACCACUCACCUGCCUCAACAGGUGAUGGCAGCUGCCCUGAGGAAAGCUAAACCUAAGGUGAUCUAUCUGGCCAGAAACCCCAAGGACGUUCUUGUAUCUUACUAUCACUUCCAUAGGAUGGCCAACUUUUUGCCUGACCCUGGUUCCUUCAACGAGUUUCUCCUCUCCUUCUUGGACGGCACAGUGCACUACGGCUCCUGGUUUGAGCACAUCAAAGGCUGGCUCAGCUGCCAGGAAGAGUUGGAUGUUCUCUACAUGACCUACGAAGAGCUCCACCAGGAUCUGGAGGGCUCUGUGAAGCGACUGAGUGCCUUCCUGGGCCGUCCUAUGCAGCCAGGCCAGAUAAAUGCGAUCGAGAGGCAUUGCAGCUUCACCUCCAUGAGCAAGAACACCAUGGUGAAUUGCACACUUGUCCCCCGUGAGAUCAUGGAUUCUAGCAAGAGCCAGUUCAUGAGGAAAGGUAUCGUGGGAGACUGGAGGGACCACUUCUCCUCCCAGCAGUGUGAGCUGUUCAACAAGAAAUACCAGCAGGAAAUAGGAGGCCGCUGCCAGCAAUUCCAAUGGACCAUGGACUGACCGCAGCGUGAUCUGGGAGCCAACGGGGGGGCAGGCUGGUGCUUCCUGGUGUGUCCCGAUCGCUGCCAGGGGACUGCCACUGCACAGAGGCUUCGCACGCAACUUCCCUGUAGCUACCGCUUAGCGACACCUGAACAGGCUCAGAGUCACGCCCACAGCCCAUGCAGGCAAUGAGUGUUUCCCCACACGGCUUACAGAGCUCUGCUAUCGAAAGACCUGUUUUGAUUGAGAUUGAAACGGGAAUGUCCUUCCUGCAAACUGCAAACUCCGCCAAUGAGCUGGAGGUGGGAACCGUGGCGAUGAGUGCAGUAGCAACUGCCUCGUGGGCUCCCUCUCCUUUCCCAGGGCUUGCAAAGUAAUGGGCCCAGGUGCCUAGAAGUGGGGCAGCCUCCCCACAAAGAGCAGCACAUCUUUUGGAAGGGCAGGUGGGGUGUGGGGAGAAGAGGGUCUCGGGGUUUGCGGCAUCUACCUAACCCUGCUCUCCCACAAAAAGUUCUAGCCCUGCCUUCCUCAACCUGGAGCCAUUGGCCACGGUGUUUGGGGAUAAUGGGAUUUGUAAUCCAGCCCAUUUGGAGGGCACCGAGUUGGGGAAAGCUGUUCUACUGUAUAGCCUGCAACAAGAUUGUAUACUGGAUCUGGGACCUCUUCCUGAAAGGCUGAUACUGCUCAUUGCAUUCAGGCAGGUGAUUCUCCUGCAACCACGUCUUUCGACUCCCUGGAGCCAGCCUGAAGGUGCAUUUGUUUCCACCCUGGCUGUUACGGUGUCUCCUCCCAUGCGUUUCAUUUUAGACCUGGGUUGUGGGGGAAACAAUUCUGUGAUGAAAUGCAAUUGCAGGCCCAUCUCGUCCCAUGUGGACCAGCAAAGCUCCAUCGAGGCUUCUAAGGGCCACUUCCUACUUGCAGCUUCUGCCCUUGUUUUGCGUCUGUCCAGCAAGCGGAAGAAUAAGUUAAGAGUAAUACCUCACUUUUAAUAAACCUGUACCCAAGACUCAGCUAACUGUUUGAUCAGCACCAUCUCAUGGGUAUUUUAAAGGUUGCAGGACCUCAAGGAAGUAGCAA